GAAUAGAACGUGCGGCGGCUCGCCUGCGGCCGAAACAUCCUUGAACAAGAUUGGUAUCGUAGAACGCGUAUCAAGAGCGUGGUGCUCUAGAUGUCCUCUUGUCCAGACACUGCGGCUCCAACUCGAUUGGCAGUCGUUGAGGAAAGGCUGGUAGGCCAGAAAGUGCGUCUGGCAGGCAAAUUACUGUCGUAUGAUCCUGUCACAGGACUUGGAAUUCUCCUGGAUCAUGAUGCUGCCGUCCUAGUGGAUGUGUCGCUCUGCGUCGAUCACUGGUCGGGCGCAUGGGUUCGGGAGCGACUGGGGGGGAUUAUGGUGAUAGGGCACCUGGAGAAGAGUGACGAGGAACUGCCGAUACCGACGAUUCCGUCAUUUGCUCCGACACCUGCCCUUGAUCCUCACUUGUUUCUUCGCGCAAUACUUGUGAUAAAGGCGGGGGACCUUGAUUUAGAGAUAUGGAAUCUGUCUAUCGAAAUGUUGACUGAUUCAUAAUGAAAAUGCAUUUGUUUCAAUGGCAUGCAUUUUCGAAAAAGACAUCGAAGCAGAUCUAAGAUGCUGUCUCCCGACCAUCGGAUACAAAGACCACUCUUCUUGAAUAUUAUAUUAUUGUCAGCCGUGUAUGCAUCAAAGGGCACUGUAGACAAAGCACAAAGGCAUUUGCAUCAGUGUUUU